AUGAUACCACAUGUUUUUACGUUUUCAUACAGUGAAAUUUUCCGAGCUCUCAAUAUUACUGGUGAGCCAUUGUAGUAUGUGCUAGGUAGUUAACUUGCUAACAAAUCUAGAACGCAUAUCAUUCUUCGCUAGUGCCGCGCAAUCCUUUUUCACUACUGCUCAAAUGAGUAAAAUUCAAAACUAAAGUGACUGUUCGCAACACGAUCUUUGCGUACUCUCGCAAGUACAUUAAACCAACUGCUUUCUUCAAAACAAAAGAACUUCCCAACUAGAGUCCAGAAUCAACCGUCUUUGGAAAUCGCCAACCAUGAACCUGGGUGGGAGGGAAAUUGCUGAGAAUCAAAAAGUUGCACGAAAUUUAAUGCAAGGCAUAUUCGACCCCCUACCUCACCCAUUUAUAGCGCUGCAAGAUUUCGUAGACGAAGAGACUAUCAUGCCAAACAAACAAAAGGCUCCUCGACGCGACAUGAAUGACCAGAAUUUUCAUUUCAGAGGUUCCGAUUUGAUUCCUGGCUUCCCUUUCUGGGAGUUUCGAGGCGCUCCUCGAAACUCCAAGGAUAUUACGAAUGUUCCUAAUACCACUUAUCACAAAGUAGAACAGAGGUAGGUUGAGAAGCGCGUUGCCAAUAAUUUAGAUCUGCUGACGCCCUUCAGCUUUCUCGACCUUAUUAAGCGUGCACCGUCAGAAAUUCGCGCUCAUAUUUUCGCUCAGAUACCCUGUGGGAGAAUGGCAAAAGACAGUGAUAUAGAUUCAGAAGGACAUAUCAAGAAGAGUUCCUAUCUUAUGCAAGACUACAUAGCCCCAGAGGCCGGCCUUCAAUUUGCACCUGUCAAGUACUCUAUUCGAACAGCUAUUUAGUUUUUAGACUAUGGUUUUCCUGAUUCUCACCGACAGGUUAACACUAAUUCGUAAGAGCCUGACGAUGAUAUAGCAUUGAAGACGGAAGAAUAUAUAUGCUCCGAAACCAUUCUUCGAAUUGGUACCUAAGUCUAAGUGGGCUUUUUGAUUGUCGAAUUCGGAUUUAGACUAGUGUCCUAGAUUUAGAAUUGAAGUUGUUUUCCAGUAUCUCAACCUCGGACAUUAUUUGUAUGUCGAGGAUAUUUUCCUUCAUAAUGGAAAUUAGAAGUUGGAAAAAAGUGGUUAUGAUUGGGAUUAACUGUAUUUGCAUGCCUUCUUCUCAUCCCACACAACCCUUUCCCUUCAGCAGAAGAUCAAUGCAUCCUCUGAUUGUCCACGUACCGAAGCAAAAAUGUCCUGUCCCAUAUUAACACUAAAGAAGAUGUUUCUCCUGCAGCUGAAGAAGGAAAUGCUGACAGAUACAUCUCAAAAGGGAGCUCAGUCUAGGUAUUCCAUUUCAGGAAUCCGAAGGCAUUUAGAGCCAUAUAAAGUUCCGGAUCGAUACCAAUACCCAGCUGGUUGAAGGAAAACUGG